CAGCAAGAGGAAAGGAAGCUAGAAUUGGAAAAGUUAAAACGGGAAAGAGGUGUUUGAGGAAACGAAUGGGUUGAUUACUUUUAAUUUUACACGGACCGUGAAAAUUGUAAAAUUUGGUGGGUGUUAGAUAACGGUAAAAAAAAGUGAGGCAAACAAAAUUUACACAAAAGCCAGUUUUUACUGGCCAAUUCAAGCAUUUCAAAUUUUCCAUCUUUCUCUAAAACUUGCCAUUACCUCAAUUUUUGUCAAUUUUCUAAAAUCAAAUAAAUGUUAUUUUUAUUACGCCUUUAUUUCUUUACAAUUUUUAUUUUGGUUAUUUUGCCUUUAUUUAAUCAUUUGGUGAUAGCACAAGCACCAAAAAGGGCAGCGCCGCAUACUGACCGCCUAGCACCUCCACCGAUUGUUCAAAAAUUUUCAAAUCCUUCGCUGGUUUCUCGUGCAGACCGUACUCCUAUGAUUCAUCCACCAUCUAUUCGUCCACCUAAAGGGGUUGCUUUGAUGCUUAACAGAGCGAAAUUGAAGGAUUUUAUGAGAAUUGGAAGGGAAAUAAUUAGACAAAGACAAUUGUUGCAAGCUAAAGCUAAACACAGACAAUAAAAUAAAUGAUAAUAAAGAGAAUAAAUUUAUAUUAGACAUUGAAUUUUUUUAUUUUCCUUUGAAUAUUUUAACUAAUCCGGUCCAUAUCGCAAAAAUAUCCUUCGAGUUCUUAACGGGGGUCGGGUUCCCAAAUGUCGGGUUUCCAAAGGUCUUGUUCCCAAAUGUCGUGUUCUCAAAUGUCUGGUGCUCAAAUGACGGACUCUCAAAGGUC